CCUCUCCGAAUAUGGCGCAUGAACUCUCAUGUGACAUGUCUCAACCGUCCGAUAAAGGAUGAUGAGCUCGUCAUCUACUUCCCUUCAUCCCGCUCUUUUAGGCUCCUUCGCGACCCUCUUUUGGUUUCUCGACUCAACAUUUUCUUUCAAAUUUUCCGCUCCCUCUUCAGUCAGGUUUCUCGCCGCGCCCUUACAUGCUCGUUGUCAGAGCUUCACCGGUAAUGAAUCUUCACCGAUAAUGAAUCAGAUUUUUCUUAAGGUUCAUGUAUGUGGUGCAUCGUUCGAAGAGAAGGAGAGUGCUAGUCUUUCUACACUUCCAUUUCUUUCGUAUUUUCAUGAAUCUAUGGAGGCUAUUGUAGCUGAGGUAGCCGAGGGUAUGAAUGGCUCUAUAACUUACGAACUUGGUAGACCUGAAAAUGCUGGUUUGAGGAAACCUCUCAAGGAAUGUUCUUAUUCAUGGAUAGAAUGGCGCCUGCUGAUGUGUAAGAAAUUUGCGUCUAUUAGUAUCCUGGCAAACUUGAUUGCUGUGGCUGGAGCAGAGGCAGUUUCAGUUUGUGGCGAUCCAACAAUACCAGUCCAGUUGAGCAGAUUAGAUUCAAUGUAAGAGAAUUACUUUGACUUGCAGCUGCUGCUAUGUCAAGUAGGAUUGGGCUUCCUUCAGACUGUGCGCUUGUUGAGGAUGAUGAUUAUUUGAGAUGGAUCAAAAAGAGUAUGCUGACAAUCAAUAUAUCUUCUUUGAGGAUUUUUAAGACUGUGUAUAUUAAGCUAGUGAAUUUCUGGUGCAAGGUGGAAAAGCUUUUGAUGCCUUUUGAGAAUGAGAAAGACUGGAUAGAAAUCUACAACCAGUCAACCACCGGCACCAAACCAACUUUCAGGUUUCAACCAUGGAAGGUAUUCCUAGCUUUUUAAAUUCUGUAGUGAUUAAGUCAAGUCAAUGAAAUCAUCAUGCAUUUUAUUGUUGUCAAUUUAUUUAGUAAUGAAAACAACUACUGUUUUAAUAGUUAUCCCUAAGACUUGAAAAAAAGGUAGGGAAACACCCAAAAAAAAAAGGACAUUAAAUCAAGAUCCUGCAACAAAUUCCAUAGAAGGUUAAUAAACAAGUAAACAACUAUAUAUCUCCAAAUGUCCAAAACUAACUUUAUUUGAUCUUAUCUAAAACACCCACAAUGGACAAAGUCAAGGGGGUCCUCCCACAAUGUUGCUUCCAUUGUUGGGGGUCCUUGGGGAAAGAAAGUAAGAUACACAGAUUUUGACUCGAUCUUACUUGUCAUUAGUAUAGAACGGGCUGCAUUGGUGGUAUGAGUUUAGAGUUGGUAUAAUUGUUCGAUAUGCAUGUUCGCCUGGUAAUUCUAGGUUUUUGAAAAAAAAAAGUUUAGGCACGCCACGUGUUUGCACGUAACUUGAUCUUAGUGGGACAAAAUAAUACCACGUGUAGAUGUUAGAAAAUGUCUUUAGACGCUUGAGGAGCCGCCGAGCAGGUGCUUCCGAGUGGACCCAACUGUCACGUGCUCAACUACCUCAGGUUCUCAACUAAGAAUUGAGUGUAUUGAAUUGAAUAUUUAAUGAAAGUGGUAAGAGAGACAAAAAUCUUAAUCGAAUUAGUGCGAGUAAUGACUAUGAUCAUUAUGUAUGUAUCUUAGAGUCAUUUACACGUUUAAUACGCUUAUUCCUUAUGAGAUAUUGUUAACAUAUAUGAAUAAAUUCAGUUUCUUACCAUCAACGUGUUUUCUUGAAGAA